UGUGCCGAGCAUUGAUUUGGUACAUACUUAUUAAAGUUGUUUGUUUAUUGCAAUUUAAAAUUAGUAUAUGAAAUCUGUAGAUCUGCAAUAAAGUUUGAGUUGGGAGAAGACAACCCCAUCCCACAUCAUGGAAAUAGUAGCCAAGUUGCAGAAACAGUUUAUGGACUUCAUUUCAGCUUUGUACCGUGAGAGAUUCUUGGAUGAUCAGUUUCUUCAGCUUCAGAAAUUGCAAGAUGAGAGCAACCCAGAUUUUGUUUUUGAAGUAGUUUCACUUUUCUUUGAAGAUUCAGAAAAACUUAUCAACAAUCUGGCAGCAGCUCUUCAACAACAGGUUGUAGAUUUUAAGCAAGUUGAUUCCCAUGUCCAUCAGUUCAAGGGUAGCAGUUCCAGCAUAGGUGCACAAAGAGUAAAGAAUGCUUGUAUGGCUUUCAAAACCUUCUGCGAAGAGAAGAACAUUGAAGGGUGUGUGCAAUGUCUGCAGCAGGUGAAACAUGAAUAUUUUCUUGUGAAGAACAAACUUGAAACCUUGAUGAGGCUGGAGAAGCAAAUCUUGGCGGCUGGUGGUAGGAUUCCUGACCUGUCAUAGGUGCUAAUGAUUUGAAAUCCACAUUCUGAGGCAAAGAGAGUAGAGAGAAAAGUUGGCAGUACAGAUGAGUUUCAAGAUUUCAUGAGCUUCUUUGAUUGCUGGAUUCUAAUAGUUGUAGAUGCAAAGAAUUUCCAUGUGAAUAACAGGUCUCCUACAUCAAAAUUCCUUUCACCUUUUAGGUGUUGAACUAUUUAUACUAUUCUAGUUGUUGAACUUUUUUACCCUUCAAUAGUUUAUCUCAAUUCACUUGAUAUGCACUACUGUAGCCAGCCAUUAUUAAGUAGUAGAACUUUUCACCUUGUUACGUAGUAGUAUUAUAUUGUAAAUGACACAUGGAAGUUUGUUUGA